AUGCUGCUUCUGCUCCCCCGCCCUGCACCUUCAUGCGCACGCGUGGACCAAGGCGCGCGAGCGGACCAGGGCGCGCGAGCGGACCAGGGCGCGCGCGCGGACCAGGGCGCGCGCGUGGACCAGGGCGCGCGCGUGGACCAGGGCGCGCGCGUGGACCAAGGCGCGCGCGUGGACCAAGGCGCGCGCGUGGACCAGGGCGCACGCGUGAACCAGGGCGCGCGCGUGGACCAGGGCGCGCGCGUGGACCAAGGCGCGCGCGUGGACCAAGGAGCGCGCGUGGACCAGGGCGCGCGCGUGGAACAGGGCGCGCGCGUGGACCAGGGCGCGCGCGUGGACCAAGGCGCGCGCGUGGACCAAGGCGCGCACGUGGACCAGGGCGCGCGCGUGGACCAGGGCGCGUGCGUGGACCAAGGCGCGCGCGUGGACCAAGGCGCGCGCGUGGACCAAGGCGCGCGCGUGGACCAAGGCGCGCGCGUGGGCCAAGGCGCGCGUGUGGACCAAGGCGCGCGCGUGGACCAAGGCUCGCGCGUGGACCAAGGCGCGCGCGUGGACCAAGGCGCGCGCGUGGACCAAGGCGCGCGCGUGGACCAAGGCUCGCGCGUGGACCAAGGCGCGCGCGUGGACCAAGGCGCGCGCGUGGACCAAGGCGCGCGCGUGGACCAAGGCGCGUGCGUGGACCAGGGCGCGCGUGUGGACCACGGCGCGCGAGUGGACCAAGGCGCGCGCGUGGAACAAGGCGCGCGCGUGGACCAAGGCGCACGUGUGGACCAAGGCGCGUUUUGGUCCACCUCGCGCAAGUAG